AUGUCUUAUUCAAAAAUAAAUGCACAUGGACAAAUGACAAUAGAAAUUGCUGACGAGGAGGAGUCGCGAGAGAAUAACUUGCAGUCCCCUACCGCAGACGAGGCAUCAGUGAGAGACACUACCCCUCUGAUCAACCGUGGAGACAACCUAGGAAAUGGGCGUGAACGAAUGGCGAUAGACGGCUUUGAAAACGCAUCAACUACGCCAUUGGCGCAGAACGUCUAUUUAGAAGAAGAUGAUAUAAACCUCAUUUUAGUGGGCUAUCGCUUUAAUGACUCUCGACGUUAUGUCUACUAUUGUGUGAACCUAUUGACAUGCGGAAUACUGUACCUUCUGGGGCGUUGGAUGCCACGGUUGUGGGCUUGGUGUGUAGGAAAUGCAUGUGAGAUGAAGAAGGCUGAAUGGCUUCUUGUUGAGAAUCAAUGGGGCGACGUUUCUGUAGAAUACAUACAACGGAGAUAUUUUGAUGGAACCGUGUCGUCAGUCUUUCCGAUCGAACAGUUACAAUCGAACGAUGCAGCUUAUCUUGCUCAUUAUCCGAAAAACACUAUAUUAAGCUAUCUACAUUAUUUUGACUAUCACUACAUUCGGUUUAUCUAUCAUCCUGGCCUUGGCAAGUUUUUACAGAAUGGUUAUUGGAAAGAUUUAUCUUGGGAAUCGGCGAAACAAUUGAAAACCGGUAUAUCACAUGAAACACAAAGAGAACGUGAAAUAAUAUUUGGCAAAAAUUUGAUUGAUAUAGAGGAAAAGUCAACUUUAUCACUACUUGUUAAUGAGGUGUUACAUCCAUUCUAUAUAUUCCAAGUUUUUUCGAUAAUUCUGUGGUGUCUUGAGGAAUAUUAUUAUUAUGCGACUUGUAUUUUUAUCAUGUCCGCCUUCAGCAUCGUGUCUACAUUGAUUGAAACCAAGCAGACACUGAGAAAGCUGCGAGAGAUGUCAAAAUUUAUAUGUGAAGUACGAGUGUGUCGUAACGGUUUCUGGAGACGCAUUUCGUCAGUGGAUUUAGUACCUGGAGACGUCUUUGAGAUAUCUGACCCGGAUCUUCUCGUUUAUCCAUGUGAUGCCGUGCUUUUAUCUGGCACCUGCAUAGUCAAUGAGAGCAUGCUUACCGGCGAGUCCAUUCCUGUAUCGAAAUUACCCAUCACAGACCAGGCAUUAAACAUGCUGGAUCUGUCAACAGUCAACGUUGACCCGGAAAUCGUCAAGCACUUCUUGUUCUCAGGCACCAAACUUGUUCGUGUCCGAAAAGCCAAGAGCAUCGGUGGAUCGGCCAAUGGUGACAGUCAGAAAGAUGACGAAGGGAUGGCUUUAGCAAUGGCCGUGAGAGUAGGGUUCAAUACAACUAAAGGAGCAUUAAUUCGUUCUAUGUUGUUUCCAAAGCCAAACAAGUUUAAAUUCUACCGGGACUCUUUUCGUUUUAUUGGAGUAUUGGCUUUCAUAUCUGUGAUUGGUUUUUUUAUAAGCGCAUACAAUUUUAUUCGUAUGGGUAUGAAAAUGGAGCAGGUACUUGUGCGGGCGUUGGAUUUAAUCACAAUCAUAGUACCUCCUGCGUUACCGACAACAAUGAGUAUCGGGACUAGCUUUGCUAUUCAUAGAUUGAAUAAAGCAGGGAUAUUUUGUAUAAGUCCUCUAAGGUCACUUAAAUCUCCUGGCGGAAUAGUAGUCAAUAUUGGUGGGAAAAUCAAUGUUAUGUGUUUCGAUAAAACGGGAACUCUUACAGAAGAUGGCUUAGAUGUCCUUGGUGUUAAGUAUAUUGAACCAGAAACAAAUAAGUUUUCAAAAUUACAUACGAGUGCUGAUACAUUAAACACGCUGCAAAAUAGUGAAGGUCUAACAAACUCAUUGAAGACUUUGUCAAUACUUUACGCAAUGACAACUUGCCACUCUCUUAAACUUGUCAAUGGCAAAUUGAUUGGUGAUCCACUUGAUCUGAAGAUGUUUGAAUUUACCCAUUGGAUAUUAGAAGAGACCGGACAAGGAAGCUCGUAUCCAACAGGCUCAGCAGGUCCUUCGCUAUCUGAAAUAGCUGGCAACAUAGUUCCAACAGUUGUUAGGUCUCCAGGCAGCAGAAUGUCUGAUUUAUCCGAUCUAUUGGCUGCUGAUGGACUGAAUGGAAAGUCAACGCCUUUCGUUGAACUUGGCAUUAUCCGUACUUUUGAGUUUAUGUCUUCUCUGAGACGAAUGAGUGUUUUGGUAAAACGCUUAGGAAGCAAGACAAUCGAAGUCUAUGUCAAAGGUGCUCCAGAAGUCAUGCGAGAUAUUUGCAGAAAGGACACACUACCAGAAGAUUAUGAUAGCCAGCUCUAUUAUUAUACACGUCACGGUUUUCGUAUGAUAGCAUGUGCUAGUAAAAGCUUUGACAAUUUCAAUUGGAUGAAAGCACAGAAAAUUAAAAGGGAACAGGUCGAGCAGGAUCUCCAGUUUUUAGGUUUUAUCAUAUUCGAAAAUAAACUUAAACCUGAAACUACGCCCAUUAUUGAGACACUACGAAACGCGAGAAUUCGUCAAAUCAUGUGUACUGGCGAUAACGUGUUGACUGCCAUAAGCGUCUCGCGCGAAUGCAAGCUUACUGACAAGAAUGUGCGCGUGUAUGUGCCUAGAUUUGUCCAAGGCUCAGCUUUGAUACAAGAAUCAACGAUUGUGUGGGAAAGUUUAGAGAACUCUGACGACACAUUAGACACGAGAGAUCUUCAGAUGAGACCUAGCGAACGACCAUCGAUUCGAGAUAGUACCUUUGCAUAUCCUUCGGCAUUUGAUCCUUAUGACUAUAAUCUUGCUGUUACUGGUGAUGCAUUUAGGUGGAUGGUCGAUUAUGCUGCCGAUGAAACAUUUCUGCGCAUUCUUACCAAAGGACAAAUAUAUGCAAGAAUGUCUCCUGAUGAGAAACACGAGCUUGUAGAAAAAUUACAGGGAAUAGGCUACUGCGUUGGCUUUUGUGGAGACGGUGCCAAUGACUGUGGCGCUCUGAAGGCUGCAGACGUUGGAUUAUCACUGUCAGAGGCAGAAGCGUCUGUGGCGGCGCCAUUUACAAGUAAAAGCACAAAUAUUGGCUGUGUGAUUGAAGUGAUAAAAGAGGGUAGAGCUGCUCUCGUGACGAAUUUUAGCUGUUUUAAAUACAUGGCUCUUUACAGUAUCAUACAGUUCACGACUGUCAGUUUGCUAUAUAUAUUUUCGUCUAAUCUUGGGGACUUUCAGUUUUUAUAUGUCGAUCUACUGAUUAUCUUACCAAUAGCUGUUUUAAUGGGCCGUACCGAACCAUAUCCACAAAUCCAUCCUAAGCGUCCAACCGCAAAUCUAGUAUCAAAAAAAGUCAUGACAUCUCUUCUUGGACAAAUUUUGAUACAGUCUGGGUUCCAAUUUUUCGUCUACCUUCUCGUUAGACGACAACCAUGGUACACUCCUCCAGACUUUGAUCCUGAUGAAGGAGAUAUAACGUGCUGGGAGAACACAGCAUUGUUUUUGGUCUCUUGUUUCCAGUAUAUUCUGAUUGCAGUUGUGUUUAGUGUGGGUCCUCCAUACAGGAAACCGAUCAAUACAAACGGGUUUGACUUUGGUAAUUUGCAGUCCGUUAUCGCUGUUGCUCGUAACCGUGGUAUCGACGUUGUCUGUAAUGAGGUGACAAAUAGAGCUACACCGUCUUUAGUCUCGUUUGGCCCAAAACAAAGAUAUAUCGGAGAAGCUGCGAAGACACAGGAAAUAUCAAAUUUCAAGAAUACAGUUGGUUCGCUAAAGCGCAUUGUUGGUCGUACAUUUCAAGACAAGGAGAUUCAAGAAAUCGAAAAGCAUCACAUCAAUGCUGAACUAGUAGAUGCUAAUGGACAAGUAGGCGUGAAGGUAAAAUAUCUCGGCGAAGAUCAUGUUUUCAGUGCAACUCAAUUGGUCGCCAUGUAUUUCAACAAACUGAAGGAAACUGCCUCAAGAGAGCUCAGAAUACCUGUUUCCGAUGUUGUUAUCUCCGUCCCGGACUAUUUCACCGACAUUCAGCGCAGGGCCAUUCUAGAGGCUGCUGAAAUCUGUGGUCUGAACUGCCUUCGCUUGUUAAAUGACACUACUGCAUCCGCAUUAGGCUACGGAAUCACAAGAGAUUUACCUGAAAGUAAACCUCGUAAUGUUGUGUUUGUUGAUAUCGGUCAUUCUGAUUACGGCGUUGCAGUCGUGUCAUUUAUAAAAGGUCAGCUGACAGUGAAGGCCACGGCAUAUGACAGGCAUUUCGGUGGAAGAGAUUUCGAUAAUAUUUUAGUUAGUCAUUUUGCUGAACAGUUCAAGGAAAAGUAUAAGAUUGAUGUCAAAUCGAAUCCGAAAGCUCUGUUCCGUCUGAGAACUGCUUGCGAGAAAUUAAAAAAGGUGUUAUCGGCUAACCCACAAGCACCUCUGAAUGUAGAGUCCAUUAUGAACGAUGUGGAUGUUAGUUCCUUCCUAACACGACAAGAAUUUGAAGAUAUGAUUGGGGCUUUUCUUAACCGUAUGGAAACGCCACUAGCGCAGGCAUUGAAGGAUUCUGGUCUAACUAAAGCUGACAUUCAUUCUAUUGAGCUCGUCGGGGGUUCUACACGUAUUCCCGCAGUUAAGGAAAGAAUCUCCAACUUCUUUGGAAAAGAUCUCAAUUUUACCCUUAACCAGGAUGAGGCUAUUGCUCGUGGAUGUGCUCUUCAGUGUGCUAUACAGUCUCCUGUCUUCAAAGUCAGAGACUUCGCUGUACAGGACGUCACAGCAUAUCCUAUAAAAGUACGCUGGGAGAAAAUUCCCGAGAUACCAGAUGAAGACUCCGAGUUAUUGGUAUUCCCCAAGCACAAUGUUGUACCGUCAACUAAAGUACUUACUUUUUACCGUAAGCAACCUUUUGAUAUCGAGGCCAUUUAUGCCGAACCUGAAUCGUUGCCAGGAAAUGUCAGGCCAUGGAUUGGUAGAUUUUCGAUCAAGAAAGUCGAGCCGACCGCUAACAAAGACCUGAGUAUGGUGAAAGUUAAAGUUAGACUCAAUUUACAUGGUAUUCUGUCAGUUGACGGUGCUUAUGUGGUGGAAGAGGUAAUUAAAGAGGAGAAGGAAGAGGUUAAAACUGAGCAGAAGGCUGAAAAGAAAUCUGAGACUAAACCAGAGACAAAACCAGAGAAUAACUCCGAAGCAAAGUCUGAAACGUCAUCCGAUACAACGAACUCACAGCAAUCGGAACAGAAAUCAGAGCCGCAAGCUGGAGAAACUCCAGGGGCAAGUGCUACAGAGCCUAAACCUGACGAACCACAACCCAUGGACACUGAUAAACCAGAGGAACCCGUUAAACCCAAGAAGAAGAAACUCGUAAAGAAGAAUGACCUUCCUGUUGUCUCCAGCACUGCUGGAUUGGAUAAAAAGACGAUUAGUCAUUAUAGAGAGUCAGAGGGCCAGAUGCUCGCCAGUGAUAAACUGGUGAUAGAUACGGAAACACAGAAGAAUACUCUCGAAGAGUACGUAUACGAUAUCCGAGGGAAAGUAGAGUCUAGCUAUUCGAGUUUUGUUGACCCCGCUGACAGAGAGAAAUUCGUUAAUCUCCUUAACGAAACGGAGAACUGGCUAUAUGAUGAAGGCGAAGAUGCUACAAAAUCUGUAUAUGUACAAAAAUUAGAAGACUUGAAAAAAUAUGGAUCACCUAUUUCUGAGAGAUACCGUGAAUCUGAAGAACGACCGAGGGCGGAGAAGCAGUUACGUGAUACAAUAGAGACAUACCUUGUCAAUGCUACAAAUACGGACGACAAGCUUGCACAUAUUCCUGAAGACGAGAAGAAGAAAGUCGUAGACAGGGCCACACAAGCUUUGCAAUGGCUAGAUGAAAAGAUUGCGUUACAGAACAACACGCCUGCACAUAAGACACCCGUUGUGUAUGCGCGAGAUAUCUACAAAGAGCGCGACAGCUUAAGUCAAUUUGCAAAUCCGAUCCUGAACAAACCCAAGCCUGCUCCACCUAAAACAGAGACUGCAACUCCGCCUGAAACUCCAGCGGAGAAUGGAAAUAAGGAAAGCUCAGAACAGACUGACAAACCCGAUAAUAACGAUCAAAAAGAAAAGACAACGGAGACGAAUCAGCAAGAAAGUGAACCUGCUCAGAUGGAAGUAGAUUAA